CCUGGAUGGCACUUCAGAGUCGGGUCGCCCCUCACCGGCGUCCACCCGGCAGCACCCGGAUGAAAUGGUUCGGGGUCCCCGACUGCCGCCAGGGCCUGGGUGGGACCCAGCGCGCCUCCGGGGGGAAGCGGGAUCGCCCCUAAGAGCCCGGGCCUGCGGGGGCGGGGCGUCCUGGGCACCGGGGAUUGGCGUGCCGGGCGCUGCCUCCCGUCGUGCACUGGGGUGCCGGCACUCACCCGGAAGGAGAAGCGGGGACCGGCUAUAUGGUGGGGCGCUGGCGCUGUGUCGAGUGGGUGCUGCUGUCAGGAGCCAGCCGGGAUCAUUUGUUGGCAGUACGUAUUGGCUGAAGUCAGUUUUCAUUUCAAGAUGUUUUCUUGCAAUGGGCUUUUGAUGUAGGAUGUUGGAGAACCAAGAGCAGGAGGAGGUGAUCACUGUGCGUGUUCAGGACCCCCGGGUGCAGAAUGAGGGCUCCUGGAAUUCCUACAUAGAUUAUAAGAUCUUCCUCCAUACCAACAGCAAGGCCUUCACUGCCAAGACAUCCUGUGUGCGUCGCCGCUACCGCCUGUACCGGAACUUCCUGGGAAGUCAACCUUCUUUGGCAGCUCAGAUGAGUUCAUUGAGAAGCGACGACAAGGUCUGCAGCACUUCCUCGAAAAACAUUAAAAAAAAAAAAAAGGAGAAGAUGGGGUUGGGGAGAACAGAGCUUCAGGGUGAUGCCGCGUGCUGUCCUACCUGUGUUUGCCCCAGGGUCCUGCAGAGUGUUGUCCUCCUGUCAGACAGCCAGUUACACCUCUUCCUGCAAAGCCAGCUUUCCGUGCCUGAGAUAGAAGCCUGUGUCCGGGGCCAAAGCCGCACGACCGUGUCUGACGCCAUUCUUCGCUACGCUAUGUCAAACUGCGGCUGGGCCCAGGAAGAGAGGCAGGGCUCUUCUCACUUGGCUAAAGGAGACCAGCCUAAGAGUUGCUGCUUUUUUCCAAGAUCGGGCAGGAGUAGUUCUCCCUCAACGCCUCCUGAGGAAGAAAAGGACCAUUUUGAGGUGUGGGCUCCUGUUGUUGACUCUGAGGCUCCUUCCUGGGAAAGCCCCCCUCUCCUUCCCCCUACCUCACCAUCAUGCUGUGAUUUUGCAAGACCUGAUGAAGGACCCUGUGCUCCCCAGCCUGUGAGGAGGUCUUUGGGAGGGGACCAUGCUCUACCUUUGGAUCCUAGUCAGUUAGAAACAGUUUUAGAAAAGUGAGUUCUGGUCUGAGCUCUGGGUUCUGCUCUGAAGUGGACAGAGAAGACGCAGGCAAGGGGAUGCAGGCACUUGGGUGGGAUUGGAUGGACCUAGGGCAGUUGGGGAGGUUGGGCUGCUUCGUGUUUUACAGUUGCCUCUGCUCAGGUUGGUUGCAUAGAGGUUGGUCACGACGAUAACUUAAAUUUCCUCCAUAGGAAUAAACAGUAUGCAGAUGUUUAUAAAUUAAACAUAAGAUCCAGGGGCUGUUGAUUUUGAAUAGAGUCCCGUGUUUACUCCCUUGGGAGCUGAGUUUAUUUAGAUGUUUGUUAAUGGGCCCCUGAGCACUGACUGCCUCAGGUUACUAGUUUGGGGGACCUGUAAGUGGCCGAUUUUAAGCUGCCAUACUGAAUAUUGUCCCAGCAGAAAUGCUUGUGUAGUUGUAUUCCCACUGGCUCUGUUUUGCUGCAGCACUUUGAUUCUGGGAGGCUGGCCUCUUGCCUACCUCCUUGCAUGGACAGGGUGGUGAGUAUUUAUUCUCCCACCUCCUUGCUUUUCCUCCACUAAUACCACUGAAUGGAAUGGUGCUGUGACUCCUGUCGCUAGGGUUUCCUGUAUAUUCCAAGGCCUCAGCCUGGCUGUGUGCGGCCUGAGACCCACAAAACGGGUCACGGCCACCACAGAAGAGAAGUGGCUGUUCGCAGCUGAGGAAGGGCAAACAGCUCAGGGAGCUUUGUUUUGGAAAAGGCUGUCCUGGGCUGCCACUGUCUCUUCUGGUUAUAAAGCAGAGAUGUGAGCAUCUUUUCUGCAGGAUAGAAUGAGCCCUUUCUUUUUUUGAAGCCCUUUUCCCCCUUCGUACCAGCUCCCUGCCUCCCGGGGCUCCCGCCGCUACAGUGCCCCUCUGCGGCGUUGCAGGGCGGCCAUAUGUUCGGUCCAGUGGGGCGCAAGGGCUUUGUUUCUUUCUGGAGAGGGGCGCUGGGGCCGGAGAUGAGGAACAGCGCGCCUUCCUUCAGACAGUGAGCGUUCUGCCUCCUGCUGCCAUCCUUCCUCUCCGCUGAGAGCCGGGCCGGAAGGGGAUUGUGCCGCUGGCAUUCGGCAUUGCUCUGCCCUUGGGUUUGCGUGUGGUUCCUCUCUCCCACUCCUCCCCGUGGCCGUCCCUCUGCGCUCUCUUACCAGCCUGUGCUGUGGGACUGUCAUGGCAUUUAGUUCAGAGUUGAGGGGCUUUGGCCUGAAAUAAAAUUCAACUAUUUAA